AUGGAUUCAAACACAUCAAGCUUUCUUUUGAACUCUUCAACUUUGCACUCAGUUUUCUACCAAGAUAAACAAGAUGAUGGCAUAAUUGACCUGGGUCUCAGUCUCGGAACUGUUCAGCACGAAGCUUACCAUUCUUCCAGCAACUUGUAUGAUGAUGACCUUAUGAACUGGCCUCAGUCUAAUCUGAACCUGAAGAACUCAAGCACAAUGCAUGGCAGAUCUGUGAACGAAAAUUUUGAUGAAGAGAUAGAGGGGGUCCAGAGCAAUGAGAGAUGGGCUUAUGUGAAGGUGAACAUGGAUGGGGUUACCAUCGGUAGGAAAAUCUGUGUGCUUGAUCACGGUGGAUACUCAAGCCUAGCACUUCAAUUAGAAGACAUGUUUGGAAACCAAUCUGUUUCUGGAUUAAGAUUGUUCCAAUCGAGAUCAGACUACUCAUUGUUCUACAAGGACAGACAAGAUAAUUGGAGACCUGUCGGUGAUGUACCUUGGAAGUAG